CAGAAUGCGCCGCUGUUCCAUGCUCUUGCCGGGGACAUGCAGCUGUAGUGGUGAUUGCAAUGGGACAUUUGUUAUGACUGCUCGGAAGUUAUUAGCAGAGCGUUUGGUGGUCGGAGCGCAUCUAUCAUGUAUCUGAAACGCAUUCCGCAGUUUGCUAGGUGCUGCCUACAGCCAGUAGCUCGCAGCUUACAGCGUUCGGGCGAUCGCAGGGUUCCAACAUUAUGUUCGGUACCAAGAUGGACAAGACUAGAUGCUGGGCGCAGAGCUUUGACUGGUGGAGGUGGAAAAUCACCAGAUACCUCGCUGUUUUUCCCAGUGCAGCUCAAACCUACAGAAACUGGGGACACUGACAUUGGGGCAGAACUUACACAGCCUCUAAAUAAGGGUGAGGUGCUGAAGGUUUUGAAUAAGUUUUACAAAAGAAAAGAGAUACAGAGAUUAGGAUCAGAGAAUGGACUGGAUGCUCGCCUCUUUCACCAAGCUUUUAUAAGCUUCCGAAAGUAUGUCUUGGAGACUGACCCAUUACAAGUGGAUCUGCACAUCGUUCUGAAUGACAUUUGUGUUGGGGUUGGUCAUGUUGAUGAUCUCUUCCCAUUUUUUAUGAGACAUGCAAAACAGAUUUUCCCAAUGUUGGAUUGUAUGGAUGAUCUUCGCAAAAUCAGUGAUUUAAGGUUACCCCCUAAUUGGUAUCCUGAAGCCAGAGCCAUUCAGCGCAAAAUUAUUUUCCAUUCCGGACCUACAAAUAGUGGUAAGACUCACCACGCUAUUCAGAGAUACUUGUCUGCAAAGUCUGGAGUAUAUUGUGGCCCGUUGAAACUGCUAGCUCAUGAGAUCUUCCAGAGGACUAACGAUUCGGGAGUGCCUUGUGAUUUAAUAACUGGAGAAGAGCAGGUGUACGUAGAUGUGGAAGGCAAACCAGCAGCACAUGCAGCAUGCACCAUAGAGAUGUGUAGCAUGACUACGCCUUAUGAGGUGGCUGUGAUCGAUGAAAUCCAAAUGAUCAGAGAUCUUUCUAGAGGUUGGGCCUGGACAAGAGCACUUUUAGGUCUUUGUGCCGAGGAAAUCCAUAUAUGUGGAGAAGCUGCUGCGAUUAACCUGGUAACCGAGCUGAUGUUUACCACCGGAGAGGAAGUUGAGGUACGGAAAUAUGACAGGCUGACCCCUCUUAAAGUUCUCGAUCAAGCAAUGGAAUCCCUGGAUAACCUUAGGCCAGGGGACUGUAUUGUGUGUUUCAAUAAGAAUGACAUCUACUCUGUGAGUCGGAGGAUAGAAGCCCAAGGGUUAGAAUGCGCUGUUAUAUAUGGCAGUCUGCCUCCAGGGACUAAAUUGGCACAAGCAAAAAAGUUCAAUGAUCCAGAGGAUCCUUGCAAAAUCUUGGUUGCUACAGAUGCCAUUGGAAUGGGGCUUAACUUGAGCAUAAAAAGAAUAAUCUUUAAUUCCCUGGUCAAACCGAACCUCAAUGAAAAGGGGGAGCGAGAGAUCGAUACUAUUUCCACUUCCCAGGCUUUACAGAUAGCAGGCCGGGCUGGCAGGUUCAGCUCCCAAUUUAAAGAUGGAGAAGUCACCACCAUGUUCCGAGAAGAUCUGCCGCUGCUGAAGGAGAUAAUGAAGAAAUCUGUCCCUGACAUCGAGACUGCAGGGUUGCAUCCUACUGCCGAACAGAUAGAAAUGUUUGCUUAUCACCUGCCAGAGGCUACUCUGUCUAAUCUCAUAGACAUCUUUGUCAGCCUUUCUCAAGUGGAUGGGCUUUAUUUUGUGUGUAAUGUUGAUGAUUUCAAGUUCGUCGCUGACAUGAUUCAGCACAUUCCACUGAACUUGCGAGCUCGGUAUGUUUUCUGUACAGCACCCAUCAACCGGAAACAACCGUUUGUCUGUACAUCACUUCUAAAGUUUGCUCGUCAGUUCAGCAAGAAUGAGCCUCUGACAUUUGACUGGAUUUGUAGGCAUAUCAGUUGGCCUGUUACGUGUCCCAAAACCAUCAAGGAUUUAGUGCACCUGGAAUCUGUUCACGAUAUCCUAGAUCUUUAUCUAUGGCUAAGUUACCGCUUUAUGGACAUGUUUCCUGAUGCUAAUCUGGUGAGACAGAUACAGAAAGAACUGGACUCCAUUAUCCGAAUGGGAGUAUACAACAUCACCAAGCUUAUCCGAGCAUCGGAAUCCAACGCUUCUGUCGCGAUGAAAGAUAAUGCUGCGCUACAGGAUCCCAAACAAGGAGCUCUAACGGAUAUGGCUCUUCUUGGGAAGUUUCAGCUACAAAGGAAAGUCAGAAAGGCCAAACUGUCUCAGCCGUUUCCUCGUAAAAUUGAGGGCUCUCUGGCUUCUAAGUUAGUCGAACAAGGACUCCUAACCUCAGACAUGUUGGAACAAUUGGAAAAAGAAUGGUUAAAACGUCAAAAUGGAAACCAGACCAGUGAAACAAAAACAAAGUCUUUUAAAGGGAAAAAAUAAUGGACUUGAAUAUAUUUCAUUUUAAAUAACGAAAAUAAAAAAUAAAAACACUUCUACAAAGUGUAGUGGUGAUUU